AUGUUGUCGCGUAUGUGCGUAGCACGAUCCACCAUCAACGUAGGCUAUACCCUCAAAUCAUCAGUUCCCAGUAAUUUUGUACCAAAGAAUUAUGUCGUGCGGUGCUAUGCACGAGCACCAGGACCCCGUACUAGAGUUGCUUCUCAAUCACAAGCGUCAUCACUAUGGUCUCGACUGAUGGCCCCAGCUGGACCUAAUGCAUUCAGCAUGGGAAAAGGUGCUUUGGCGGGGGCAUCAGCUGUUGGCUUGGGCGCACUUUGUUAUUAUGGCUCUGGAAUAAGGCCCGGUGUGUGCACAGAAGCACAUCUCUGGCCACAAUAUGUGAAAGAUCGCAUUAAAGCAACAUAUGGGUACAUUGCUGGUUCCAUAGUCUUAACUGGGGGUAGCGCCUACACAGUAUUCAGAACACCUGCAUUAUUAAACCUAGUUGCAAGGAAUGGGUGGAUGUCCAUCAUAGUGACUCUAGGCAUGAUGAUUGGCUCUGGAAUGGUUGUGCGAGGUAUGGACUACACACCCGGGUUUGGGGCCAAACAAUUAGCUUGGAUAGUACACACUGGAAUCAUGGGUGCUGUCAUUGCACCUAUGUGCUUCCUAGGCGGUGCUGCUCUUACUCGUGCUGCUUGGUACACAGCUGGUGUGGUAGGCGGUCUAAGCACAGUUGCAAUCUGUGCUCCAUCAGGUGAAUUCUUGAACAUGCGUGCACCACUGGCCAUGGGUCUAGGAGCCGUAUUUGCUGCAUCUCUGGCCAGCAUGUUCGUACCACAGGCUACUGCACUUGGAGCAGGACUCUAUUCAAUCAGUUUGUAUGGUGGUCUGAUAGUAUUUGGCGGUUUCCUAUUGUAUGACACACAAGCUAUUGUCAAACGUGCUGAGGUUCACCCCAUGUAUGGAUUACAGCCCUACGACCCGAUAAACUCAGCUAUUUCGGUAUACCUUGACAUCAUAAACAUCUUCAUGCGAAUUGCCAUCAUCAUGUCUGGAGGCGGCGGCAACAGGAGGAAGUAA